UUUUGGUUUGGAGGACAUUCAUUAUUAAAUGUGUAUAUAUAUUUUAUUGCUUAUGUGUUGGAUGGCUAGUAAUACUAUUAUUUCAUAUUAACAGUUUUUUGGUUUUAACUAAAUUAUAUACUAAUUUAUUUCUUUCCCAGUUGCAGAAAGGGGAAUGGUGUAAAUUUCUUUUUUUUCAAUUCCUAAACCACAUUGCCGAUUGGAGCUUUGUCGGUAAAAUGCUAAUUUUUUUUUUCUUCUUGGUUAUUGCCGAUUGGAACUUUGUUGGUAAAUCAUAUAUAACCAAUUAAUUCUUGUAAAUCGAAAAUUCUUUUACAAAUUUCUAAAUCAACUUUCCGAUUAAUUCUUUGUCGGUAACUUAUUGACAUGAGUUGACCGGAUGCAAGAAACGAGGUAACACAUGGACGCUGAAAACGAGGUCUACAGCUAGAGACGUGAAGCUCGUCGGUAAUUGACACCAUGACUUACGUGAAAAGCUUCGGUAGUACGGUUCCGGUAGUUAAUUUGAGACAUGUGCUUUGUCGGUAAUUUGGACCAAAUUACCGACGUAACUCCAUCGCACACCGGUGAAGUAAUUACCGAGGAAGCCAACACCGACAAGUAUAUUACCGAAAAGUAUAAGUUGGAAAGUUUAUUUACCGACAAGAUCCCUCCUCAUUUCCGACAUGAUAUUUCAUCAGUAAUUCUGUGUAUUCUUGUAGUGUAACUAAUUAUAAUCUUGGAGCCUCUGCAACCAAUCCCUUGUGCCAAUAUCACUUUGCAUUUGAUCUGCACAUUUGAGCACAGAUUCUACCAAUGUGAGGUCCUCCCUCCUUCUGCUUCUCCAGCUUCUCCUUCAAAUUCCCUGAAUUCCAAAAUUGUCCGAUUCUUCUGCCGAGCGGUGAAGCGGCUAUAGAGAGUAGUUUCUCAAUAAAAGUGAAAAUUACGA